ACCACUCACAUGAUCAUGACCACAGCAAUGAUCAUGACCACUCACAUGAUCAUAACCACAGCGAUGAACAUGACCACUCAGGUGAUCAUGACCACAGCAAUGAUCAUGACCACUCACAUGAUCAUGACCACAGCAAUGAUCAUGACCACUCACAUGAUCAUGACCACAGCGAUGAAACAUGACCACUCAGGUGAUCAUAACCACAGCGAUGAUCAUGACCACUCACAUGAUCAUGACCACAGCGAUGAACAUGACCACUCACAUGAUCAUGACCACAGCAAUGAACAUGACCACUCAGGUGAUCAUAACCACAGCGAUGAUCAUGACCACUCACAUGAUCAUGACCACAGCGAUGAACAUGACCACUCACAUGAUCAUGACCACAGCAAUGAACAUGAUCACUCACAUGAUCAUGACCACAGCAAUGAUCAUGACCACUCACAUGAUCAUGACCACUUACAUGAUCAUGACCACUCAGAUGAUCAUGACCACAGCGAUGAACAUGACCACUCACAUGAUCAUGACCACAGCGAUGAACAUGACCACUCACAUGAUCAUGACCACAGCGAUGAUCAUGACCACUCACAUGAUCAUGACCACAGCAAUGAUCAUGACCACUCAGGUGAUCAUGACCACUCACAUGAUCAUGACCACAGCGAUGAUCAUGACCACUCACAUGAUCAUAACCACAGCGAUGAUCAUGACCACAGCGAUGAUCUAAAUGAUACUAGCAAACAUGAUCACAACCAUAGUGUUCAAAAGAGAGAAACAGAUUCUUCAGAAUGUCUGUCUGCACACGACUUCUUGCAGUUAGUAGAUAGUGACAAAGGUGGAGUAAUAACUAAAGAUGUGUUUAAGGAACUUUGUCCAAGUAUUCUGUAUCAGAUAGAUGAAGGUUCUUGUCAUAGUUUCCAUGAUAAACAUAAAGGAUUCCAUGGCGAUCAUAAUAGUUUCCAUGAUCACAAUGAUCAUGAGCAUACUCACACAACUGGUACAGAAAGUGCUACUGUAGAUAUAUCUAAUGUUCCUUUAAAAGUAUGGGGAUAUAGUUCAAUAGCAGUAAUUGUUAUCUCCCUUGUCGGGUUGCUUGGUGUGGCUGUUAUACCUAUAAUGCAGAAAGUAUUCUACAACCACAUGUUGCAGUUCCUUGUUGCCCUAGCUGUUGGAGCCAUGUCGGGAGAUGCACUCCUUCAUCUGUUUCCACAUGCAAUGGCUGGUGGACACAAUGGACAUGAUCACACAAAUGGUGGAGGUCACUCUCAUGAUACAGGACCAAUUUAUAAAGGUCUAUGUGGCCUUCUAGGAAUCUAUUUCUUUUUCUUUUCAGAGAGAAUGCUUACAAUAUUCACAGACUAUAAAAGGAAGAAAAAGCAAAAAAGAAAUCGUAGUAAAAAAUGUUUGAAAGAUGAGAAAAUGUUGAAGGUUGGAGAAAAACUUGCAAAUAGUGAAUGUGAUGGAAUGGUAAUGAGUAUCCACCCAAACAAAGCUCUUGGGGCAUAUGCAGAUGAAGUUCAUACAGAGCAUUGCACCAUCAGUUUUGAAGACACAACAUCUGUCAGUCAUGAACAUGGUCAGAGGAAACCAGACUGUGUAGAGACAUGUGUUGAUGGCGAUGAAACAUCUUCAAUGAUUAACAAUUCUGUUAUGGCUUCACCAAAACACCACGGGCAUGGACAUUCUCAUGGGAUAGAUGGUAUACCAAACUCGGUUGCUUCUGUUGCUUGGAUGGUCAUCCUUGGGGAUGGGAUACAUAAUUUUUGUGAUGGUCUGGCUAUUGGGGCUGCAUUUACUAACAGUAUCACUGGUGGAUUUAGCACCUCUGUUGCUAUAUUUUGUCAUGAGCUACCACAUGAAAUAGGUGAUUUUGCAAUGUUAUUGAGAGCUGGUAUGUCACCAAAGCAAGCUAUUAUUUACAACUGUCUCUCAUCCAUCUUGUGUUUUGUUGGUAUGUUGAUUGGUGUGGCUGUUGGUAACCAAGAAGGAGCCACUCUAUGGGUAUUCACUUUGGUUGGAGGAAUGUUCCUAUACAUCGCUCUUGUGGAUAUGUUACCAGAGUUGUCGUCAGUGGACACAAAGAAGGGAGAGCAUCCAUUAUGUCAUCUUCUUCUACAGGGCGUAGGCAUGUGUACUGGAGCAGGGAUUAUGCUGACUAUAGCUCUCUUUGAGGGAGAUCUUCUGACCAUAAUGGAUUAAGUGAUGUAAACAAAACUACAACAUUCCAUAAUGUAAAAACUGGCAUCAUGUUAUUGAAUCUCAAGUGAAAGUAGUGAACUUUUUUUUGCUGAAAUUAGUUGAAAUAAAGUGGAUUUAUUAAUUAUCCUUAAAAGGACCUUAAAAUAAACAAUAAAGUUUAA